AUGGAUUUUUCCCGUUCCCCGGGCGGGUUUCGCUCGCGCCGCUCAUACCCAUCCCUGAACCACAUCUCGCUGGCCCCGUUAACGCCUCGCUUCCCCAUCGACGAUGACGAAGACGACCUUUCGUCGGGACCAGCCGCAGCAGGUGCAGGCGGAGAUUACUUCUCCCACAGUCAUUCCGCUCAGGAUCACGACAAGACCGCCUUCUCACCCCGGACGUCCUACCUGUCUAGCUACUCCGUCCCCGGCACCCCGGGCGUGCUAUCGCAUUCGCAUUCCCGCAGCGGGUCCCGCGCGCGGCACCACCGACGCACUAAGAGCUCCGGGCGCUUGAAUCUCAGCGAUACCAAUCUCCAGGGUCAAGGCAUCGCGGCUGGUCAGCCGUUGCAUCAUCAGCAGCAUCAUCUCCAAGAAAAUCACCAUGGAGACGACAAGCUGAAGUAUCGGACUUCUUCAUCAGUGAGACGUGGAGGUCACUACCCGUCUGAGUCGUCGGGCCGUCGAGACACAGAGUGGAUGCUUCGUGCGGGGAUCGCGUUGGCGUCGUCGACGCGCGAAGAGAAAGGUCAGAGUUGGCUGGCCAAGAGGGAGAGCUCGACGAGUCUGAUUUCCGAAGGGAAGUAUGAUGGGGACGGAGCCUCAGGAUUGCAUGGGCGGUCAAAUCGACGGUCGAAGUCGGGUCGGUCUACGCCUGCUGCGCAUUCCCGACGGGGCUCGCGAGCCGUCAGUCGACGGAAUAGUCGCCCAGAUCUGGCCAUGACUAGUCUUGAUAUGAGUUCGAUUGGAGCCGCCAAGGGUGAGGCCGUUGGCAGCAGUCAUAUCAGUCCGGUGGAUGAAGGACGACACCUGGUGCCAGACUUUGUGGACGAGCGAAUCCGCGCGGAAUUGGAGUCCAUCCAGCAGGAAGCAGAGGAGGAUUUGACGUCCGAGUCGGACGCGUCCUGGGACUCGGAGGACGAGAUGGAUGAGCGGGAGCUGCAGCGUCUCACGCGCGAGCGAGGUUUCGGGCUAGGCAGCUGGAUUGAUCGCAUGGUGGAAUGGACCCUGUUCGGCGUGGAAGACUUGCCACUGAUGGCCUCCGCUGAUCCUGCAGAGCGUCCGUCAAAACAUGUGGAAAUAACGACCGAGGAGCCGUUGAUGAUCGGCGAAAGCUAUGGCGGCGAUACGUUAGAGGAUAAUGAUGACGGGGCAUCUAUUGCGAGCGAGAUCGAGGUCAGCGCUGUGGGCGAGAAGCCUGGAGAGCUGGGAGGCUGGGAGGAUGCCGGAUGGUUGUUCCGCACGGUGAAACGCCUUCUGAUCUGA